UAUGUCAUCAACAAAUUAUAACAAUGAAACAUUCAAUGAACUAAUGGAAAAUGAGGGCCUUCGAAAUUUGGAAGAUUCAAAUGAUAUUGGAGGGAAUAACGAAAAAAUUAGAGUUGAGAAUCAAAUGAUUGAGGAAAAUAAAAAUUUAAAAAAUCGAAAACAGUCAACAAAGCCUAAACGCAACCUCAACCCAAUUCCAACAGAGUGUAGUAUCUGUGAACGUAUAGCAGCUAGAGGAUAUCUCUUUUAUGGAGUAAUUUGUUGUGAUGGUAUAAAUUUAAAUGUUUAUAUUUGA